CUCUCUCUCUCUCUAUACAUAUAUAUAUAUAUAUAAAUCAACGUCUUUCUCCUCUCUCCCGCACACUUUCUAUCAAUCUCUCUCGCUCUCUGCCCUCUCUCUCACGUUCUUAUCCAUACAUGCAUAAACAUACAUAUCUGUCUGUGUAGCCACUGAGUCAUCUUGAAUUUCGCAAGAGAAAUAGUAGCUCUACAUACACACACACAUAUAUAUAUAUUAUAGAUAGUAAAUAGAUAGAUAGAUAGAUAGAUACAGAGGGAGACAUAAUUGAUGGGACGAUCGCCUUGUUGCGAGAAAGCUCACACAAACAAGGGGGCUUGGACCAAAGAGGAGGACCAGCGGCUGAUCAGCUACAUCGCCGCCCAUGGCGAAGGCUGCUGGCGCACCCUCCCCAAGGCCGCCGGCUUGCUCCGCUGCGGCAAGAGCUGCCGCCUCCGCUGGAUCAACUACCUCCGCCCCGAUCUCAAGCGCGGCAAUUUCACCCCCGAAGAAGACGAACUCAUCAUCAAACUCCACAGCCUCCUGGGUAACAAGUGGUCUCUGAUCGCUGGGAGGUUGCCCGGAAGAACAGACAACGAGAUAAAGAACUAUUGGAACACCCACAUCAAGCGCAAGCUCAUCGGCCGCGGCCUCGACCCCCUUACCCACCGCCCCCUCAUCAGCCCCUCCGCCGCUCAAGAACCACCCAGACCCAAUAAGCUGAACGUGGCCGAGUACUCAGUCGACGAUGGCAAGUGCAGCAGCAGCACCACGGUGGAGGAUAAGCAGCCGGAACCGGACCGUCGAUCCAUCAAUCUGGAGCUGUCGAUAGGCCUGGCUCCGUUCCAAUCCGGGACUCAGCGGAGCAGCUGCUCGGCGGAGUCGAAGAUGGUGAGGCAGAGCCAGGCAGGCCAUACGGCGGCGGCGGUGUGUUUGUGCUGGCAGCUGGGAUUGCUGAGCGGUCAACGGAGUGGCAAUUGCAAUUGCCAGAGCGCCAAUGGCUUGGCUUCUAUAGAUUAUUAGAUGGAUAAAUUAAUUAAUUCGUAUAUAUGGGUGUAUCAAUCAAUGAUAAUGGAUGGAAGGAUAAGGGAUUGGAAUUUUCCUUACAUAUUACAUACAUCUGAACUAUUCUGAAUUUUGAAGAAGAUGAAGAUAAAGAUGAAGAUGAAGACGAAAUAGCUGGAGGUGGGUAGUUGGUAGGUAGACCACCUUAUUAAUGGCUUCCCCCCACUCCUCCCCCCUCCCCCCUUUAUGUAUAAUUAAUUAAUUAAUUAAUUAAUUAAUUGCAUCUCUUUCUCUUU